ACUACUACUGGUUAUUUUCGCAUAUGUCUUUUUUUUUCAAGCACACACUUCUGGGGACCGGUGUUCAACUGGAUGAUACCCAUAGCGGCCAUAUCCGACACGCAAAAGCAUCCGAGAAUCAUUAGCGGCAAAAUGACUUUGGCGUUGGCUCUGUACUCUAUAAUGUUCAUGAGGUUCGCCAUGAAGGUGCAGCCACGGAAUAUGUUGCUGUUUGCGUGCCACUUCGCCAAUUCCUGCGCGCAGCUUACACAGGCUUACAGAUUUCUCGACUACCAUUAUAUCUCGAAACAAGAACCCAAUGACGAAGACACACCUGUCUCUCAGGAUGAAAAGAAGUGACUUCGUAUAUGUUGAUCUCAGCGAUCAUAUAGCUAUAGUUAUUCGGUGUAAUAAUGUAGAUGUUCAGUAUCGAUUGUGCGAAAAAUUUUA